CGGGAAGUAGUCGCAGCGAGUGCGGGUCUCCGAGUGCUAGGAUGGCGGAUUCCUCCGAGGAGUUGGCUGCUGACUACAGGUCCAUCCUGGGCAUUAGGGACGAGGCGGCCAGGGUGCGGGCCCUGAACGCGCACCUGAGCACGCGUAGCUACGUGCGGGGCUACUCUCUGUCCCAGGCGGACGUGGAUGCGUUCAGGCAGCUCUCGGCCCCUCCGGCGGACGCGCGUCUCUUCCACGUGGCCCGGUGGUUCAGGCACAUAGCCGCCGUCCUGGGCGGCCCCCGCGGCGGAGGCGAGCCCUGUGGGCUCCAAGCAAGUAAAGGCCGGCGGGCGCAGCCCACGUGGUCCCCUCCGGCCGGGUCCGAGCCCUGCAAGCUGCGCCUGUACAACAGCCUCACCCGGAAUAAGGACGUGUUCAUACCUCAAAAUGGGAGGAGAGUGACGUGGUACUGCUGCGGGCCCACCGUGUACGAUGCCUCUCACAUGGGACACGCCAGGUCUUACAUCUCCUUCGACAUCCUGAGAAGAGUGCUGAGGGAUUACUUCAAGUUCGACGUCUUCUACUGCAUGAACAUCACAGACAUCGAUGACAAGAUCAUCAGGCGGGCCCGGCAGAACCACCUGUUUGAGCGGUACCGGGAGAAGCAGCCGCGCGCGGCCCAGCUCCUGGAGGAUGUGCACGCCGCCCUGGAGCCGUUCUCCAUGAGGCUCAGCGAGACCGCGGAUCCUGACAAGAGGCAGAUGCUGGAGCGCACCCUGCAGGCGGUGCGGCUCGCCGUGGAGCCGCUGGAGACGGCGCUGCGGACGGGCCUCGCCGCCGAGGAUGUGGACAGCCGGGCGCAGGUGCUGCUGGAGGAAGCGAGGGACUUGCUCUCUGACUGGCUGGACUCCACGCUCGGCGGCGAGGUGACCGACAAUUCCAUUUUCUCCGAACUGCCCAAGUUCUGGGAAGGGGAGUUCCACAGAGACAUGCAAGCCCUGAACGUCCUCCCCCCCGACGUGCUGACCCGCGUCAGUGAGUAUGUGCCGGAGAUCGUGGACUUCGUCCAGAAGAUCGUGGACAACGGCUACGGCUACGUUUCAAACGGGUCCGUCUACUUCGACACGGUGAAGUUCGCCUCCAGUGAGGGGCACUCGUACGGGAAGCUGGUGCCCGAGGCCGUGGGGGAUCAGAAAGCCCUGCACGAGGGGGAAGGCGACCUGAGCAUCUCCGCAGACCGCCUGAGCGAGAAGCGGUCCCCCAACGACUUCGCCCUGUGGAAGGCCUCCAAGCCGGGGGAGCCGUCCUGGCCGUGCCCAUGGGGCAAGGGCCGUCCGGGGUGGCACAUCGAAUGUUCCGCCAUGGCGGGCACCCUCCUGGGAGCCUCGAUGGACAUUCACGGCGGGGGCUUCGACCUUCGGUUCCCUCACCAUGACAACGAGCUGGCACAGUCGGAGGCAUACUUUGAGAAUGACCACUGGGUGCGCUACUUCCUGCACACGGGCCACCUGACGAUCGCGGGCUGCAAAAUGUCCAAGUCGCUCAAGAACUUCGUCACCAUCAAGGAUGCCCUGAAGCAGCACUCAGCGAGGCAGCUGCGCCUGGCCUUCCUCAUGCACUCGUGGAAGGACACGCUGGACUACUCGAGCAACACCAUGGAGUCAGCCCUGCAGUAUGAGAAGUUCAUGAACGAGUUUUUCUUAAAUGUGAAAGACAUUCUCCGCGCCCCUGUCGACAUCACCAGCCAAUUUGAAAAGUGGGAGGAGGAGGAAGCAGAGCUGAACGAGAGCUUCUCCAGCAAGAAGGCAGCGGUGCACGCAGCCCUCUGCGACAACGUCGACACGCGCACCGUCCUGGAGGAGAUGCGGGCUCUGGUCGGCCAGUGCAACCAGUACAUGGCCGCACGGAAGGCCGCGAGGAGGAGGCCCAACCGGGCCCUGCUGGAGAGCGUGGCUCUGUACCUCACCCACAUGCUGAAGAUCUUCGGGGCCAUAGAAGAGGAGAGCACCCUGGGCUUCCCUGUCGGGGGGCCGGGCAGCAGCCUGAACCUCGAGAGCACGGUCAUGCCGUACCUGCAGGUGCUGUCGGAGUUCAGGGAGGCCGUGCGCAAGAUCGCCCGGGACAGGAAAGUCCCUGAGGUCCUGCAGCUCAGCGACGCCCUGCGGGACAACAUCCUGCCCGAGCUUGGAGUGCGGCUGGAGGACCACGAAGGACUGCCGCCUGUGGUCAAGCUGGUGGACAGAGAAACCUCCCUGAGAGAGAGAGAGGACAAGAAGCGGGCCGAGGAGGAGAGAAGGAAGAAGAGAGAGGAGGCCGCCAGGAAAAAGCAAGAACAAGAGGCCGCCAAGCUGGCCAAGAUGCGGAUCCCGCCCAGUGAGAUGUUCUUGUCAGAAAGCGACAAAUACUCCAGGUUUGAUGAAAAUGGCCUGCCCACACACGACGUGGACGGCAAGGAGCUGAGCAAAGGACAAGCCAAGAAGCUGAAGAAGCUCUUUGAAGCUCAGGAGAAGCUCCACACGGAGUACCUGCAGAUGGUUCAGAACGGGAGCGCCCAGUGACCGGGCCGGGGACUGCACGGGCAGCCCGAGCCGCCGGCCGCCGCCCUCUCUGCAGCAGCAGCGACGGGGCCGUGCCCCGAGCCUGUUCACGGGGACCCUCGGCCCUGGAGCCUGCUCCCGGGGCCACGCCGCCACCGGCUCUGAGACGGCAGCAAUAAAGUCUUCCCCA